AAAAUUCAAUUAUCAGCCCUUCCUCCUCGUGUGCAACCUGAGAUGGAUACCGUUCUUAUCCUCUCCGUUUCACCCCCUCAAAAUCCAUUCUUCGACGGCGGACUGGCCCAGUUUCGGGUUGAACUGCCUCGUCUUGGCUUGAUCUUCCACUCCCAAGCCGAAAUUUGGAGUGGGAAACAUGGUACCCUUUCACUUUGA